AAUCCAAGGCCAUGAAUGGUCCAACUUAACCUUGGAAAGACGAAUCCCCGAGUCCCUUACCCAGCUUCAACCACAAAAGCAAAUGAAAAACCCCUGCGGCUGCGACCUGGUAUAACGAAAUUCAAGACACCCAAAGAGAAAUCAGGUAACUGUGAGAAACAUUGGAGCUUGCUUCUUGUUCAUCGUUUGGCUUUGGGAGAGUUUUUAUCAGAUUUUCGAAAAGUGAUCAUGGCCGGAGGGAAUUUCAUGCAUAGAGUUAUGUCUUACGUCAUCAAUGAACUUGUCGUUGAUAGACUUGCAAACAGUCCUGCAUUCCAGAGAUUUGCUGUGAGGACAUCAAAGAAGAUAGAUGAUAUUUCCAAUAUGGCUGCUAAGAAGAGUCAAGAACUUGCUGAACAGAUGAAAGAACUCUCAAAAAAUAUGGAGUCUAAAAACCAGUGAUAUGGCAGAUAUGACAGUACUUGGCAAUUUGUAACAGUGACUCUCGCAGGUUUGAUAAUCUGUAGGCCGUAUCUCAUCUAGUGUUGUGUUUAUUCAUUCUCUGAAAUAGAGGAGGUGGACUUUAGGGCUUCUAAUCCACCGGAACAUAUUUUUGUAUUCUGAGUUUUUAUUUAUUAAAUAUACAAUAAAUUAUGUAUUCCUUCCCUAAAGAGGGUUGAUGAUAUGAAAACGCAUCGGUAUCGUUGAGACUUGGCACUAUUUUUUUU